CGCGCGUGCAUACUUUAAACUAGAGGCCUUAAUUACUUAUUGUGUUUACCAAUUGGAUUAGAGUUUAAAUUUCGUAAUAAUUUGAUAAAUUCCAUAGACAAGAUAAAUAAAAAAAUUUUAUUUAUAGACUGUCUAAAUAUUGAGCGCUAAAGGAUAUAAUUUUUAAGUGGAUUUUCAGAGUUGAUAUGAAAGAGAAAUUUAAUACGAGCUGACGCAUUUAUAUUUAAAUUAUAUAUCUAGCGUUGAUAUUUAUUCUGAUCAGACGAGAGCUGAGACGAUUUUCAUACAGAUCAAAUCAAUUGACUCAGAUCUAUUAUUUCUGAUUAGUUAAUUAAAAAUUUUAAUAUGGAAUUAUCUGAACUGCCGUUAGAUAACGCCGACAAUCCUGAGGCGAAGCCCGAAAAAAGUGUGAACCCAACGGGACUGACUUAUGGGAUUGAUGAUGUGCCUCCUUGGUACCUGUGUCUUUUUAUGGCGCUCCAGCAUUAUUUGACGAUGAUUGGAGCCAUUGUAUCAAUUCCUUUUAUUCUGACACCCGCGCUCUGUAUGGCAGAAGAUGACCCUUCAAGAAGUUACAUAAUAUCGACGAUGAUUUUUGUUACUGGGCUGGUGACGUUCAUCCAAAGUACCAUUGGCUGCAGAUUACCUCUGGUUCAAGGCGGUACCAUAUCGUUUUUAGUUCCCACCUUGGCGAUCUUAAGUCUUCCACAAUGGAAGUGUCCCCCGGAGGAAGUUUUAAGUGAAAUGAGCCCAGAAAAUCGUACGGAACUUUGGCAAAUUCGUAUGAGAGAAUUAUCGGGGGCCAUCGCAGUCUCGGCUUUAUUUCAAGUAAUAAUUGGAUUCGGAGGAAUCGUUGGAUAUUUAUUGAAAUUUAUCACGCCUUUGACCAUCGUGCCGACAGUUUCGUUGGUCGGUUUAUCGUUAUUUGAAAAUGCAGCUGCUGCGGCUUCGCAACAUUGGGGUAUUGCUGCCGGAACUAUUAUCAUGCUGACAGUCUACUCGCAAUUACUAGUCAACGUUUCAGUGCCGAUGAUAGUUUAUCGUAAGAAUGAAGGAUUGAAAGUUAUUUGGUUCGGUCUGUUUAAAUUAUUCCCGGUGCUAUUGACUAUUGUGGUGAUGUGGGCGAUCUGUGGGAUAUUGACGAUCACGAAUAACCUUCCGUUGGGUCAUCCGGGACGGACUGAUAGCAAACUCAAGAUCAUUGAAGACUCGCCGUGGUUCAGAGUUCCUUAUCCAGGUCAAUGGGGAACUCCGACGGUGAGUUUGUCGGGAGUCUUGGGAAUGUUGGCGGGUGUGCUGGCUUGCACUGUAGAGUCGAUAAGCUACUAUCCAACAACUUCGAGGAUGUGUGGAGCUCCGCCACCGCCGGUACACGCCAUAAACCGUGGGAUUGGGAUCGAAGGCUUGGGAACUGUCUUAGCGGGUCUCUGGGGCAGUGGCAAUGGGACCAAUACCUUUGGAGAGAAUGUCGGUACUAUUGGAGUAACUAAAGUGGGAAGCAGACGUGUGAUACAGUGGGCCUGUGGGCUAAUGAUUCUUCAAGGACUGAUAAGUAAAUUUGGAGCGGUUUUUAUUAUCAUACCGGAACCGAUUGUCGGAGGAAUUUUUUGUGUCAUGUUUGGGAUGAUUGCCGCCUUCGGGCUGUCAGCUCUUCAGUACAUAAAUCUCAACUCGGCUAGAAAUUUAUACAUUCUAGGUUUUUCAAUAUUUUUUCCGCUGGUUUUGUCAAAGUGGAUGAUCCAGCACUCGGAUGUGAUAAAAACCGGUAAUGAUAUUGCCGAUGGAGUCAUCACUGUGCUUCUAAGUACGACUAUUCUCGUAGGCGGAUUUAUUGGCUGCUUCCUUGAUAAUAUUAUUCCAGGAACUGAUGAAGAGCGAGGAUUAGACGCGUGGGCCAAUGAAAUGGCUCUUAAUUUUGAUGCGGAUGAAAAUACUGACGGUGAAUAUAUUCCAAAUACUUUUGAUUUUCCUGUGGGUAUGACGGUACUAAGACGUUGGAAGUGGACUUCUUACCUGCCUUUUAUGCCGACUUAUCGACCAAGAGAGCGAUCUUGUAAGAAAAAGAACAAAUACGAUAUAGAAAAUUGAUUUUUAUAAAAUCUUAUAAUUAAGGAAUUUAU